AUGGUCGACGUCUCGGAGCUGGUCUCGCAGAUGCACGAGACGUUAUCGAACAUACACGAGAUUAUCUCAUCACUGUCUGUCAAGGAUCAUGAAUCAAAGCUCGACGAGCUUGAACGGCGCCAGGAGACAGCCCUGACUGCUCUGCACAGCGCCUUUGAGCACGAGUCACGCAGCUCGGCCCAAAAGCGGCAGGCACAGCUCGCUGGGAUUGCAGAGCAGCGUCGAUUAGAAGAUGAGGAGCGUGAGGCCAAAAGGCUACACGAGGAUGACGAACUGAGGGCCCAGCUCGCACAACAGGACAAGGACAGACAGGUCAAAUUGGAGCGCGAGGAGAUUGAGAUGGAGGAAUCGACCUAUGCUAUGAUAGCCACCGUUGAGGAGGCAGCGAAGCAGGCCAUAGAAGAGGGGAAGGUGAAAUUGACCGUUCUCGAAGAGAAACGAAAGGAGCUCAACCGCCGGAUCGACGAGCAACUUCGUGUACCUCUCCCAGAAAUACCGAAAAGGCGCAAGCGUCGAGGCCGGGGGGCCGUAUCGACAAUCGUUGCUGAUGAACCAAGAGACAGAGGCAUUGAUGACAAAGAGGAUACGGAAGCUUCGACUGAAGGCAUCGUGCCUAAACUAGAAGGGGAUCCAAGCAACAGCAAAUUUGGCAAGAGUAAUGACGAAGUAAUUCCAGUCUUGUCUCCUGAUGAGAUGACACCCUCUAAAGACGCAACAACGACUGUCGGUGAAAAUGAUAUGCAGCCGGCUGCCCAACUGCCAUCUCCGAACGUACAACCAAUUGUCAGCAAGAACACGAUGGUGGAGUUCAGCGAGAACGAGGAGCAGGGUGCCAUCACCACUGCAGCUGUACUAGCUUCCCAGGAGCUACCUGUUGGUCUAGACCAUCACGUUGCCCAAGUUGACGGCAAUAAUCACGAAGUGCAGAAAAAUGAAGCUGGACACAUCGCUGUGGAGGAUGACACACCCAUCUACAACGCCCAGAUUCCAGCCGAGCAGUUAGACAGCGAAGUAUCACCCAUUUUUGCCAUUAUAGACCAUGUCAACGAUAAUGUGGCACAGCCUCUCUCCGACGAUCACGCGGCCACGGCUGUGGUAGAAAAACAGCCAGUUCCCGAGAUCGUGGUGACUGGAGCAUCAGAGGAGGCUGCGCACGAAGCUAAAAGUGAUACAAGCUUUGUCGAUGCCGAAUCAUUCGAAAAGGGCUCAGAAACAGACGCCGAGAGGGAACCAGCACACCAUGACGAUCUGCACAAGAACGAAGACAGUCACAAGACCCACGACUUCACGAUAGUGCCCGAAGUUAUCUCGGAAGAGCACGGCGUCCAUAUUUCGUACGUCCCGGAUGCCAUGGUCGAGGAUCAUCCGGGCCAUUCUUCUGCCUACGGUCAGGCUAUGCAGACAGCAUUGCCCCCUGACUAUGUCGAUUAUGGUGCCAGCUACUACGCCUCUACUGUCCAACAGAGCAUCUACCUGCCACCGGUCCUGCAUGAAGCAAGCGGUGCACCGACAGAGAGCUUUGGAAGCGAAAUGGCGCAGAGAAGUCCUGUUCGAGAUGCUACGGCCAAGCUCGGCCAAGAUGUCCUAUCGGAGGAUGACGAUGAAGUGUCGCCAGUCAGCGAGCACAGUCUAAGCUCCGAACUUGAUAAGUUUCCCCAGACACCGACAUCCAUUAUUGCGGCGUCCCACGACGAAGAGCCAGGGAGCCCCUCGUUCAAAGAGACUGGAGAUGAAGAGGAAGGACAACAAGGGCCUGCCCCUGGUGAGAUUGCGCCAUAUGAUGAGCAUAUGCACCAAGUGGUACCCCCAAGGGUCGAGCAAUCUGAUCCCAAACAUGGAGACCCGACUACGCCACAGCCAGACCGUUCCGACGAACUGCAAACGGUGCCGAUUACACCCCCCCGGCAGCUACCCGGCCGAGCAGAGUGGGAAACCCCUGCCUAUAGCGACAGUGAUGCUGAGGACACGGCCGUCUUUGCGCCUCGUGACGUUACCAACAAAUCCUGGCAAGGCUCUGGCGUCGAGGCCACGCCGGGAUCUGUGCACGGCGAGACUACAGGCAGUUGGUCCAGCACACCAGAGUCUGCGCCUCACGACGAGCCUCUUCCUAGUAGCCGGGGCCAGCCACUGGCAAAGCUGGACUACGGCCACGUCGUGGCGGUGGACGGGAGAGGCUUCGCCAUCGAGGCAGCCAGCAUAGCAGACGAACAUCUACAGCAGCCCCGUACAAGUGAACGGCUGCCAUCGGUAUUGUCACGCAGCCGGCCGACGUCGCUGGCAUCGACUAAUCUGUUCAAAAAAAUGCGGAACAUGUUUGAGCUUCCUGAGGCUGGAAACGUUCCGUCGAAACGAGACUCUAGUUCGUCGUCCACAUCGCAGUUGUCAACGCCAAGGCCGAAGCAAAUGCCACAUAUAUCACGUGCCGAGACGGAUAAUCCAUUCGAAUACGGAGCCGAGGCGGAUAGUGAAGAUGAUGAGGUUGAUGAUGCCAUCUCGGAAAGAAGCUCAUUGUUGCAAGCGGCCUCGAUCAACACGUCAGCCAACAGCUAA